GUCGCAUAUAAACCGUCGAUGCGAGUAGUCGCUCGUUAUUGCAAAUCGAUGUUUCUAUCGUAACGUGACAUAAGUUGGUUUUUAUUUAAUCUUAAACGUGUACAAAUGGCUAGUAAAUCAAACGGUGUGGAUGGGUCAGAAUGGGCUCGGGCUCCGCCCCCUGCUAGGUCCUUUGGGGAUAGAAUUGCAAAAAUUUUUUACGACCCCAGUGACGGAAGCAUUUUGGGAAGAACGCCGAAGAGAUGGGGCAUAGCGGUGGUAUUCUACUCGGUGUUCUACGCGGUGCUGGCGUUGCUAUUCUCGCUGUGCAUGGGCGGCCUCUUCCUCACACUAGAUGACAACAAGCCUUCCUUCAUACUUGACAGCUCUUUGAUAGGUGCCAACCCUGGCGUGGCGUUUAGGCCGCGGCCAGUGGACGGUGUGACAGUAAAAAUUACAGACGACGCCUCCAGUGAUAGUUAUGUAAAAGAACUUAAGGAAUUUUUAGAACCGUACAUGAAAGAAAGCUGGUUCACCUCAAAGCGUGGCUGCUCAGUGGAGGACAACUACGGCUUUCCAGACGCGCCAUGCUUUUUUAUCAAGUUGAACAAGAUUUACGGAUGGAAGCCGGAUUUCUAUGAACUAAACGCUUUGCCGUCAGACAUGGACAGUAAUCUAGUGGAAUAUAUCACUGCCCUGGCACCUAAUGAGCGCGAGCAGAUCUGGAUCUCUUGCUGGGAGGAGAAGUUGAACGACACAAAGAUAGAGUACCCGUGGGGCAUGGGGCUGCCGGCCAGCUUCUACCCCUUCCUCAACGACGCGGGCUACAACAGCCCGCUCAUACCAGUCAAAGUCACACCAUCAGUGAGCAACAGUACCGCGGUGAUCCGCUGCCGGGCGUGGGCCAAAAACAUUGAAUACAACAAAAGCCUGAAAGAGCCGUCAGGUUACACCCGGAUACAAUUGCAACUGGGACAGUACGAGAAACUUGCUGCUGAUAUAUAAAUUAUUAAAAGUCAGGAAUGUAUCCCUUAAAAAUUAUGGUCACCCUACUUUCUGGAUGACUAGAAAACUCGUCGUCCAUUGUGAUUUUUAAAUAAUUGUAGCUACUUGAAGUACAUAAUCUAUACAUAUAAAAAUACGCAUGUCAUUUUAGUUUGUAACAUUGUAAAUUACGAGCUUGUAUGUUUGAUUUAAUAGUAUUUUAAGUACGUAAAUGCUUGUCAUUGAAAUAAUUUCUUUACGUUUAUUGAAAUUGUUUUAUUAAUUAGGCAUUCGACCCACCUGUUAGUGGUUAGUUCUUAGAAUGUGUUACUGUUUACAAUUUCCAUAAUAUUUAAGAAACUUAAAAUCCCUUGUAUUUCAACUUCGCUGUCAACCUAUUAGAGAGGGCUUAUACGGAAAAGUCGUACAACAUAAAUUGUACCACAUUUGUGCAGCGCCCUUACCGGCCGAAAAGUGCAUCAAUAAAUCACAAAUUCGAUGGCGUUACGAAUACGUUCUGGUAAGCAUUCGUGAUAGAACCUCAGAGUAGUAUUUUUUUAUUGAAUAUAUUUAAAUUCGUCUGUUAUUUAUAUUUGUCAUAUAAAUAUUCAUCACAUGUGUACUGUAAGUUUUCCACUAAGAUUAUCUUUUGUUUGUAAUACACAUAAUACAAAAGAAUUCGGAGCUAAUUAGUGUUUUUUUAAGAAUAAAAUAGAAUUUUAGGUUAUUUUAUACCAAUAUAAGAUAAAGUGAAAAAAGCCUUUUUUAUUCCUUACAAGUUUUUAUUUUGUAAUGAAUCUUGUCUUCUUAACUUUAGAUAUUUGCAUUUCCUUCAACACCUGUUUGUAUUUAGCAAAUAAAUAAGACCUAUUUAUAAUAAAAUUAUGUUAUUUGUUAACAAAAAUGUUGUUAAAACCAUAGGAUAAGUGUUUUAAAUAAU